CAUUUAGUCGCAGGAAAACAUUACUUUCUGUUUGACACACUCGGUGGCGGACCAAGGAAGAAGAUUCUUCUGUCAAAACGCUCCUCUUUUACUCAUAAACGGAGAUGGCGCAGUGGUGCCAGCUUCAGAUGCUGGACUCCAAGUACCUGGAGCAAGUAGACCAGCUGUACAACGACGCCUUCCCAAUGGACAUCAGGCAGUACCUGAGCAAGUGGAUUGAGAGCAUCGAUUGGGAUUGUGUGUCCGUUCAAGAUUCGUUAGCGACUGUUCGCUUCCAUGAACUCCUGGCUCAGAUAGACGACCAACACAGUCGCUUUGCACUGGCGAGUAACUUCCUGCAGCAACAUAACUUCCGCAAGAUCAAGAGGAACCUUCAGGAUCGAUUCCAGGAAGAACCAGUCCACAUGGCCAUGAUCAUCUCAAGAAUCCUAAAGGACGAGGCCUUGAUCCUAGAGAGUGCAAACAGUGCGAAGGAAAAUGAGGAUAAUGUGUCAGCCAUGACGGUGGAGAAACAGAAGCUGGACAGCAAAGUGCAGGAGAUAAGGGAACAAGCUCAGAUGGCAGAUCAAAACAUCAAACAUUUGGAAGAUCUACAAGAUGAAUAUGACUUCAAGUUAAACACUUGGAAGACCAUAGAGAACGAACUUAAUGACAUGACGCCAAAGGAACUGGAGAGGCAGACGAUGAUCAUUGGGAGGAUGUGCUUGGAGCUGAAGACCAAACGACAGGACGUUGUUCACCAGCUGACUGAGCUACUGAACGUCAGUCAGGCUUUACUGUCGGACCUGAUCUCAGAAGAGCUGCCUGAGUGGAAGCAGCGGCAGCAGAUUGCCUGCAUUGGUGGACCACCCAAUGCUUGCCUGGACCAGCUGCAGAAUUGGUUCACCACACUAGCAGAGACCCUUCAACAGGUUCGCCAGCAUCUGAAGAAGCUGCAAGAAUUGGAGCAGAAGUUCACUUAUGAAAGCGACCCCAUCACCAAGAAGAAAGAUUUCCUUGAGGACCGAGCUAUGGAUCUCCUUCAUAAUCUCCUUAGCAACGCAUUGGUUGUGGAGAGGCAGCCCUGCAUGCCCGCCUACCCACACAGACCACUGGUGCUGAAAACCCACAUCCAGUUCACUGUAAAACUGCGGUUCCUGGUGAAGCUGCCCGAGUUUAACUACCAGCUCAAAGUCAAAGCUGUAUUUGACAAGGAUGUGGCAGAAAAGAAAGGGUUCCGCAAAUUCAACAUCCUGGGAACAAACACCAAAGUCAUGAACAUGGAGGAGUCCAAUGGCAGCCUGGCCGCAGAGUUCAGACAUCUGCAAUUAAAAGAUCAGAAAAUAUCAAACAAAAGUAACGAGGUACCAAUGAUCGUUACUAAGGAGCUCCACGUGCUGAGCUUUGAGUCGAUGCUGCAGCAUGACCAGUCAGGGAUCAGAAUCCAACUGGAGGCGCUGUCUCUACCCGUGGUGGUGAUCUCCAAUGUGAUCCAGCUGCCCAGCGGCUGGGCCUCCAUUCUGUGGUACAACAUGCUGACCACUGAGCCGAAGGACCUGGAGUUCUUCAUGAAUCCUCCGUCAGCAAAGUGGUCCAGGCUCUCUGAGGUUCUAAGCUGGCAGUUUUCCUCCGUCACCAAGCGAGGCUUGAACCAGGAGCAGCUUAACAUGCUGGCCGACAAGCUGCUGGGCUCCAAUGCUCAGAGGAACCCAGAUGGGAUGAUUCCCUGGAACAAGUUUUGCAAGCAAAGCUCCAAUGAGAAAGCUAUUUCCUUCUGGUUGUGGAUUGAAGGCAUCCUGGAUUUGAUUAAGAGACACCUGCUUUUACCCUGGAAUGACGGCUACAUCAUGGGUUUCAUCAGUAAGGAGCGCGAGCGGGCUCUGCUGAGCGACAAGUGUCCAGGGACCUUCUUGCUCAGGUUCAGUGAGAGCAGCAAAGAAGGAGCCAUUACCUUCACGUGGAUCGAACAUGACAUACACGACAACCCGAUCUUCCACUCGGUGGAGCCGUACACAAAGAAGGAUUUGACUGCGGUCCGGCUGGCCGACAUCAUCCGCACCUACAAGGUGAUGGCGGCGGACGACAUCCCUGAUCAUCCGCUCCGCUUCCUCUACCCUAACUUCCCAAAAGACGACGUGUUUGGGAAAUACUACACCAAAAACGCAGAAGCUCCAGAGCCCAUGGACGUGGAGAGCCCACACGGCGGCUACAUGAAGACGGAGCUCAUUUCGGUCUCACAAGUACAUUCGUCCCACAUGCAGGGGAAAAUCAUGCCCAUGCCACUUGAGGUGUAUCAGCUUUUGGAGCAGUCAGUCAGUCCCAAAGACAUCAAGGACGCGAUGAAUGGCGACUUUGACGAUCAGAGUUGAGGAGGUCUGCCCUACUUUAUUCCUUCACAGAACUUUGGGAAUCUUUAAACUCUUUAAUGUCUAAUCUUACUUUGUCGCCAAUGUGCUUAUCUUGCAUUCUUAGCGUUAUUGGUGACUUAUUGGCGGCUCGGCCUACAUUGUCACACAACAGCCAUGUGGAAAUACCUGGAAGAAAUGUGACUAUUCAAUGAGAAAAAUGCAGAUAAGAACAUGUAUUGUUCAUGCACGUUGUGUUGUAAAAGCAGAAUUAUUUGAUGAAAAUCAACACAAUAUGGGUUUAUUCUGUCUUGACAGUGAAGGAUUUGAAUGUUCUUACUCCCAAUUACAUACGAUAGAGGCCAAAAGUUUGGACACACCAAUGGGUUUUCUAUAUUUUCAUGACUAUUUACUAUCAUAAUUAUGAAUGAACACAUGUGGAGUUAUGUACUUAACAAAAAAAAGGUGAAAUAACUGAAAACAUGUUUUAUGUUCUAGUUUCCAUCCACUUUAUUUAUAUAGCACAUUUAAACAACAAAAAUGUUUCCAAAGUGCUGCACAACAAUAUUAAAAAUAUUAUCUUUAGCUCCACCAAUGACUGAAUAAAAACCAAAAAAUAAAUAUAAAAACAAUAUAAAAAUAAAUAUAAUUAAAAACGUUUUAAAAGGGUAAAACCAAUUAAAACAAUACAUUUUUUAAUUUUUUUUAUUAUUUCUUCAGUCACAAAAAAACAAAAAUAUAUAUUUAAAAACAAUAUAAAAACAAUAUAAAAAUAAAUAUGAUUAACAACGAUUUUAAAGGGUAAAACCAAUUAAAACAAUACAUUUUUAAAUUUUUUUUAUUAUUUCUUCGGUCACAAAAAACCCCCCCAAAAAUACAAAAAAAUGUAUAUAAAACCAAUAUAAAAAUAAAUAUGAUUAACAACGAUUUUAAAGGGUAAAACCAAUUAAAACU